UAAACAACGAAGUAUUGUAUUUCUUUCUGAUAUACAUCAUUAUUUUCGAAUCGUUCAGAUAUUUUUAUUGUUAUCAGGAAAUGUCAUUUGAGACAGAUAUGAGAGUCUGUAUAUUCGCAACUUAUAUUUGACACCGGUCAACGAGGGUCAGUCGAGGUUUUGACAACCUCUGUAUCGCCGUAUCUUGAUGCUGAAGACUCGACAUUCGAAGAUACACUACUGUUAAUUAGCAUCUGUUUACUGUCAGUGUGCCGUCAGCAGUGGUCAAGACUGGACACUGACGAGCGUUAUUAGCAUAACGUAGCACGUGCUAUUAUUCCACAAGUAAUACAAUAUGGACACGUGUACAUGUAAACGGAAAUCUUUCACGUGUGUUGCCUGGUAACGGUUAGGAUAAUUAUGAAUUAACAUGCACUUGAUUUUGACAAGUUGUAAAUAAGUGUAAACAUGUAAAUAUAUACAUAAAUUAUGAUAGAUAACACGAGACAGCCAUGAAGGAAUUUGCCACGGUAAAUUGUAUUAAAUCGUAACGUGAUACUCUGGCAGGGUCGUAACUGGUAUGUAGGCAAACUGUAUCAUUAGUCCCUGGACUGCUUAUAGGGAUUUUGUUUCAAACAAUUUAGUGAUAUUUGUCAGAAUGUACUUUUCGAAAUGUCGCUUUCUCGUUACCAGAGAAAUCACGUGUUUACAUCAAUUUACGUCGAGACACAUACGUUCACCGAAUAACGAUUAUAUUUUGAAAACAGUUACGCGCGCGCCGUUGUUAUAACAUAGACAAUGUGUCAUAAUAUUGUAAUGAAAUAAAUGAAAAUACCAUGAUUAUUUGUGGAAAUUACUUUCUCGCCAAGUCAUUGAAUAUGAAUAUAAUGCAGUAUGAUUUCACGAACGAUUCAAAGUUAUGACAUCUUAUAUUUUUCUGACAAACGUAGAAAAAAUUAGGAAUUUUACGGUAACUGUUACGAAAUAGUUAGUACUUGUUAAUACCACAAAGUGCAGACAUUUUUUAUCAUCUUAUAUUAGUCUGAUGCCGCAGUAGCAACCGUGUAUAAGUGAUCAUAUUACAAGUCCUACACAGAUUUUAUAAGAUAUGUUGACGAUUCAGAUUUCAAAUUGAUAAAGGACCGGUAACCUGAAGUUUUGGAAUUCAAUUUUAAUAAAAAAUUCUUCUUUGAUAUCAAAACCUUAGCGUAGAGACGUAUAAACAAACUUUUGUAAUGUCGUAAAACAGUGGCCCGAUACGUGCGCUUUUCAAAAUCAACCGUUUGAGAGGACCGCAUACUGGGUGUUAAUUUCACGAUUAAUUAGGAACGAUGGCAUUUUGAUUGUGUUGUAAACGUCACCACUCUAUGUGGCCAUGUGACGAAACCUUAACUGUAAUUUUAAUACUACCCGCUGUUGGUGAUCAGAGUGGGCGGGGCUAAUUGCUGACAACAGUCGCGUGGCUUUGACAGCCGAAACUCAGGGUAAACACUCUCCACGCUCGUGACGGGGAUUCCCUUUGUUUGACCAAUGAGGUAAGAAUACUCCGCCACAGGGGUUAUGUAAGCUGGCUUGUGAUUGGUUACAUCUACGGGAAUGUCUGUACUAUUCCUAGCUGUAUUUAUUGCGGGUGAUUCAAUGUUGUGAUCAGAACAAAUUGUGACCUUUACAUUGAAACACACACACAUAUUGGAAUAUUAAUUAUUUUGUGGAUACUCUAAAAAUGUCGUCGGAUUCUGAAAUGUACACACCGAAGAAGGAUGAUUCUUUACGAAAGAUAAAUAAACCGAUGAUGGAGAAAAAGAGAAGAGCCCGGAUAAACCAGUGUCUCACCCAACUGAAGAGUCUAGUCCUUGAGGCCAUGAAACGUGAUAGCGCACAAGUUUCGAAAUUGGAGAAGGCAGACAUCUUGGAAAUGACCGUGAAUUAUUUACGUAACACCCAGCACCAACAGCAGCAAUGUGUUGACGCGACGACCGACAUGAGACGGAACAAGUACAGAACGGGGUUCAACGAAUGCGCCACCGAAGUCAUGCGUUACCUUGGUAACGACGAAAGAGUGACGCCUGAUGUUAAAACGAGGGUCAGUGAUCAUCUGACCAGGUGCGUUCGAGUGAUGAACAGUCGGUGUGCUGAAUCCCGAUUGGAAGGAAGUGAUUAUACUUCCCGAUCAUACGGAGAGGGUUUAUCUAUCGAUAUUCCUGUAUCUGGAUCAAAUUCCGGAUCUGUUCCGAAUCAAAACAAUAAUGGUGUUUACCUGCUGAAAACUCAAGAUGUUAAUGGAGCUAUGUCAUAUCAUUGCCAACAAUCUUUGUACACGAACAGUCAGAGGUCAAACUCACAAAGCAGAUCACAAUAUCAAAUCAACAUAAACAAUUCAAUUAUGAAUGUUUCGCCAAUGAGACAAUUCCAGGAAGAACAAAAUGUCACUUCCGGCCAGCAACAUUUUCAACAUCCGGGUCAUGUGAAUGGUUUUCUAGAUCGAAGAACACCAACCGGAAACGAUAAUUUGGACCAGAUCAACAACAACGAGGCGGUUUGGCGUCCGUGGUGAUAAAAUUUCCUAAGGGCCAAAUAGAAGUACUAUUUUAGCGAACGGUGAAUCGUUUUGAACUUGAAUUAAUUCAGCUAUUUUUAGUUGAUAUGUCUGUGAUAUUAAUAAAGGGUGCAAUAUAGUAU